GUGUCAAAAUAUCUAAAGUUAAAACAACAAAACAAUAACAAGGAUUUUUAAAGAAAAUAAAAGCAACAAUAACAUUACAAAAAAGUCAACAAAAACUUUAAACAACAACAACAACAACUACAACAAUUACGGCUAAAAAGAAACCCUCAACAAAAAGCAAAAUUUCAAAACAACAAUCACAACAGGAUACUCUCUCUGCUCAAGAAGAAAGCAGAGAAAAACAAAACCAAAACAAAAGUUUGUUUACAUCUUUUUUUUUUGCCGCAAGAAAACAAUAACAAAAUAAUAAACAACAAAAUUAAGUAAUUCAGCAAUAAGAAGAAGUUAAAAUUCUAAGCAAAAUUAUAUUCCAAAUGAUCUCUUUAUGAUCCUUUUGUAUAAUAUAGACUAUAAAUAUUUCUCUUUUAUUUAAAAUGGUUUAAGAAAGAAACCAUUUUGGCAAAGAAAAUAUUAAAAUAAAAACAAAAUAAAAGAAAAUCUUAAAAUUUUUCUUCUGACCAGUUUGGAAACUUCAAACAUUACAACAACAAACAAAAACACCGUCAAAAUUUUGCCUUCAUUUUCACAAUUAAAAAUGCUCAACAUGGAAUCACCACAAAUGUACGAUACCGUACAAACUCUAACACAAUUGGAUUUGAAGAAACAGCCGCCGCCUCAACAGGCCAUUAUUGGUCAGAUAACCUUAACGGCCAUGUCCUCGCAACAGCAGCAGCAGCAACAACAACAGCAACAGAAUACACAACAACAGCAACAGAAUACACAACAACAGCAGCAGCAACAAAAUGACAAUAACAAUAAUAAUACGCAACAACAGCAACAGGUUAAUGGUGUAGUUGGUGUGGGUGGUGUUGGUGCCGGUUUGGUGGUUAAACAACAUGCCAUGCAUCAAAUGCAUCAGGCGGCGGCUAUGAAUAAUAACAACAAUAACAAUUCCGUUUUGAAUGCAAAUGUUAAUAAUGUCAACUUGUUGCAGAAACAAAUCAUGCAACAGUAUACACAAAACGAUUUAGAUGAAUUAACCGCCCAAGAGAUCUCAUUAGACUUGCAACAUUUAAUCGAUGAUAGUUUUCGUGAUCAGGAAACAUUGGGUAUAUUCAGUGAUAUGGUUACCAGUCCGGGUGUAUUGUCAGCUACUCUACCGCCCAAUGGUAUGGUUACGGCAGCCGCCAAAGUCUUACAACAACAUCAACUACAGCAGCAAACGUUGCGCACACAACAGCAUCAAUAUGGACGUAAUCCUUUGGCCUAUAUGCCUCAGGCGGUACACUCGAAUGCCUCCUAUAGCAAUAAUUCCAGUGAUGAAAACUCUUCGGUGGGUUCGGAUACCUCUACCAUUAAAGAAGAACCCAUAGAUCCCGAAUACCGGCGUCAUUUGCAAGAGACCAAUGCCGCCAACAAUGCUGCAGCUGCCGCCUUUAUAACCAACGGUUCUGCCAAUGGUCUCUACAAUCCCUAUCAGAAUGCCAACGGUAAUGGUAAUUCCAAUAAUUCUUCCUCACAAAACUCCAACAAUUUCAAUACUCUUACCUCGGCCAAUGUUUUGGCUCAUCAUUCUGCCGUUAAUUUGCCUCAUCUAGCCGCUGGUGCCCAUCUGCUUAAGCAUCACAACAAACAGGUGCAUCAACAGCGCAAACAAUCACUCAAACAUGUGGACAAAGGCACCGAGGAGUAUCGUCGUCGUCGUGAGCGCAACAAUAUAGCCGUGCGUAAAUCCCGGGAGAAAGCCAAGGUACGUUCACGUGAAGUAGAGGAACGUGUUAAAAGUUUGCUCAAGGAAAAAGAUGCUCUUCUGCGACAACUGCAAGAAAUGACCAAUGAACUGCAGCUGCAUAAACAAAUCUACAUGCAACUGAUCAAUCACAAUAAUCCCGAAGUGAGUCGGGUCUGUCGAAGUUUUCUCAAUACCAACGAUCAUGGUUUGUAAGUUUUCAUUUUCCGGCGAUCAUGUUGUAUCAGGAUGAGACUGUAUAUUUUUAUAUUAUUAUUAUUUUUGUUUCUUCUUUUUCAUCUUCUUUUUGUUUAUUGUAAUAUUAUUCUUAUAGUUUCUAUCUUCUUUUUUGUUUGUUUCUUUGUUUAUUUUUUCUAUCGCUAUAGUUUAAAUUAUAAAGGGAACUGUCCUUAAUCUCGUUGCAAUAAUUAUUAUUAAUUUUAUAAUAAAUAAUUAAAUAAAUUAGUUUAAGUUUUAAACAAAAAAAGCGGGCGGGUUUUUAUUAUAAAAAAAUAAGUUCAUUCAUUCAUUUUAAUUGUUCAUUUUGGAUUUUUACAAAUUUAACAAAAUUAUCUUUACAGUUUUUGUAAAAAAGCUGGGGCAUUCCUAAAGCCUUUAACAAUAUUUCUCAAUAAAUUGAGCUUUUUACUAGAGAUACACAUAUUUUUUUAAGCUUAAAAGCGAGAGAGAAUAAGAGAACUUUUUUCUUGAAACUUUAAAGUUUUCGAAAGUUUGUUUAAAAAGUAAAACAGUUGAGUUUUUCAAAGCAUUAAUCUUCAGAGAGAGAGAGAGAGAGAGAGAGCAUUAAGUUAUAACUGAAAAGAGAGAAAGAAGUUUAAAAUCCCUGAAAUUUCAAAGUUUUAAGCUUUUUAAAGCUUUUAAAAGAAAGAAAAAGGUUAAAUUUUAAAGACAUAAUUAAAGGAUUUAAGCUUUUUAAAGCAUAAAGGUUUAGCUUAAAAGAAAGAAAAUAUAAGAGUGAAAAAGAUAAUGAUUCUGCUUAAUAAUUAAAGCCUUUUAAGCUUUCAAAAGCAUAGAAGAAAGAUCAAGUUUACGAGCAUGUUUCCUAUUAUAUUCUGCUAAUAAAAGUAACUUGAUUUUUAAAGAAAG